CGGGGAGAGGCUGCGUCGCGACACUCGCGGGCUUUCAAAUCCGCGCCCUCUCUCCUCUUCCCUUCCCUUCCCCCGCAAAAUUUCCCAAAUUUUCCCACCCGCCGCGCGCCUCCCUCCCCCGAUCGCCGCCGCGUCGCGGGCUCGUACAAGGCGAGCGCGGUGAGGGAUUAGGGUUUGGGGUGCGCUCUAGCUCUAGGUCUGUCUCUAUGAUGGCGGCGGGGCAGGGCGGCGGUGGCGGCGGGGGGAGGAGGGGGAGUCAGCAGCAGCAGCAGCAGGGGGUAGCGGAGCGGCGGCUGCUCCGGUCGCGGUACCUCGCCGUCAAGAACCUCAUCAGCGAUGAGAAGGACGACAUGGCGAGGGCGGGUUCCGACAAGUUCGCCGCCAUCAUCACGCAGGUGGAGUGCCUGCACGAGCUCGUGCAGAGACCUAGGGAGCAAAUAGCUGAUGCAGAAGCUCUGCUGGACAUUGCCAACACUUUGGUAACAUCUGUGAGGUCUCAGUCAAGUGAAGGAAUCACUCCCUCCGAUUUCGUAACAGCGAUGCUGAAGAAAUUUGGGCAAUCAGGUGGCCUUGAUUCUGAGGCUACCUCAUUGCGCUGGGGCGAUGUUGGGCUUUCUGUGUCCCAUGUCUUCAGGGCUGCACCUGGAUGCUGCACUAUGCUUGGACCCAUGAAUACAGAAGUAAAGCAGCGGAAGGCUGCAGUUGUCAAUAGAAAACGAACUGCAAGGCCAACUGAAAAUAUUUGUCCUGAACAGCUUGCUGAUUCUUCGGAGGGAGUAAAGACAGACACUGAUAGGAACGUGUCUGUUAUAUUUGACAUACUGAGGAGGAAUAAAAGGGCAAGGCUGGAAAACCUUGUUUUGAAUAGACGUUCUUUCGCGCAAACUGUUGAGAAUGUUUUUGCCUUGUCCUUCCUAGUGAAAGAUGGCAGGGUGGCAAUAAAUAUAGAUGACAACGGGCAUCAUAUAGUUUGUCCUAGGAAUGCACCUGCUGCUAGUGCAAUAUCCUCAGGAGAAGUCUCGUACAGCCAUUUUGUUUUCAGAUUUGAUUUCAAAGACUGGAAGCUUAUGCAAGAAGUAGUCGCGCACGGGGAAGAACUGAUGCCACAUCGGACCCCCGAGUACAUCCCCUGCACGGCCGAAGACGAUGACCAGCCAGAUCCGGAGCUAUGCGCGCAGAAAACACCCAUCAGGAAGCUCACCCGGAACCGAGGGCUGGUGAUGCAGCAGGACCAGAUGGUGGUCGCAGAGACACCCGAGGAGAAGCAGCCAACUUCCAAGCGGAGGCGCCUCUUCAGAGACCAGCAGCAGCAGUGAGAAUCUGCCUCCUUGGGUCCGGGUGAUAGUGUAGCGUCUACCUUACCUGCUCUCGUGUUGUAUGUAGAGUGAGAGAUCCAUAAGUUAUAGCCCUGCUCCACUGUGUUUUUGCCCUGGUAUCUGUACAACAGUCGGGCGCCAUAGCUCAUCUCGUGUAACAGCUUUAGAUGUAACUAUUGUGUUUAACUCCUUUUAGAUCAGGUAACUUAAAAAAUUUUUUCUUUCCAACGAGGAGCACCAGCGGGCAGCUGUUGCUGCAAUGAGGAGUUGGCUAAAAUAACCGAGACUAGAACUGAAAUG